GAAAAAAAGACAGGGAUAGUGGGAGAGCCGGAAGUGCACUGCCGUGGACUGAGACAUUUCUGGUUCUUACCCAUCAACAGUCGAUCCGGGAGCGGAGCACGUCGACCGGGCCGAGGACCAAAUACAUUUAUUCCCAAGUCGAAGCUUCGUUUGUCGUGGACGUUCAGGCUCACUGAAGAUGUGGAAGGCAGCAGCAGGACAGUCGAUCAAGGUGGACGUUGAUGACGGUGGAGACGACUGGGAGACUGACCCUGACUUUGAGAAUGACGUGUCAGAGAAGGAGCAGCGCUGGGGGGCCAAGACGGUUUCUGGUUCGGGACACCAGGAGCACAUAGAUAUCCACCGGCUGCGUGAGACGGUUUCAACCGAGCACACCAGCUUGAAGCAAAAGGAGUUGGAGACCAUGCCCAAGGCUUCGCAUGGAUAUGGAGGAAGGUUCGGAGUCCAGCAGGACCGCAUGGACAAGUCUGCUGUAGGUCACGAAUACCAGAGCAAGUUGUCGAAGCACUGCUCCCAGACGGACACAUCCAAGGGCUUUGGAGGAAAAUAUGGCGUGCAGUCAGACCGCGUUGACCAGUCUGCACUUGGGUUCGAGUAUGCUGGAAAAACCGAGAAACAUGCCUCGCAAAAAGACUACUCCAGUGGGUUUGGGGGGCGAUAUGGAGUGCAGACAGAUCGUGUCGACCAGAGUGCAGUGGGCUUCGAUUACCAGGGCAAAACUGAGAAACACGAGUCCCAGAAAGAUUACUCCAAAGGCUUUGGCGGCAAGUUUGGUGUUGAGAUGGACAAGGUGGACAAAAGUGCUGUGGGCUUCGAGUACCAGGGAAAAACAGAGAGGCACGAGUCACAGAAAGACUAUGUAAAAGGCUUUGGCGGCAAGUUUGGCGUGCAGACGGACAGACAGGAUAAAUCAGCACUGGGAUGGGACCAUCAGGAGAAACUGCAGCUCCAUGAGUCUCAGAAAGACUAUAAGCGUGGGUUUGGAGGGCAGUAUGGGGUUCAGGCGGAGAGGCAGGACCAGUGUGCCCUCGGCUUUGAGCACAAGGAGAGCCUGGCCAAGCACGAGUCCCAGAAAGAUUAUUCUAAAGGGUUUGGAGGAAAGUUUGGUGUCCAGAAUGACAGGAUGGAUAAGAGUGCGGGGACAUUUGAAGACGUGGAGAAGCCGACCUCAUCUUACCAGAAAACCAAACCUGUGGAGGCUGCCGGCAGCAGCACAGGAAGCAUCAAGGCCCGCUUCGAGAACAUCUCCAAGCAGAAAGAGGAGGAGGACAGGAAGAGGGCGGAGGAAGAGCGAGCGCGUCGACAGGCCAAGGAGAAGCAGGAGCAGGAGGAGGCGCGGCGUAAGAUUGAAGAAACGCCCAAGGCUCCAUCUCCCGCCCCUGCUGCCAGUCCCAGUCCCGCUCCCAGCCCAACACCACCUGUCCAACAUCAUGUCACAGAGGAAGCGACGUUCAACGCUGCUGCAGAGAACGGAGAGCAGCUGUACGAGGAACCGCAGAGUCGGUACGAGCCGCCACAGGAGGAUCUCUACCAGACACCUGAGGAACCCGCUGCUGCCACAGAAGAGCAGCAGUAUGAGUACGGUGAGGACCUUGGGGUGACGGCGGUGGCGCUCUACGACUACCAAGCAGCUGGCGACGACGAGAUCUCCUUUGACCCAGACGACAUCAUCACCAACAUCGAGAUGAUCGACGAAGGCUGGUGGCGAGGUGUGUGCAGAGGCUCCUACGGCCUUUUCCCCGCCAACUACGUGGAGGUUCGGCAGUGAUGACUCCGCCCCCGCGUCACAGACAACGUUGAGCGUCUCUGUGUCCCUCGUGCAGAAAAAAAAGGAUGGAGAUGAUUUCAGAGCCACUUUUCUUUUUUUCCCCCCCCACGCUUUUUCCUCAUGUUAGUGCUUCAACGCCGUCCGAGACAUCGUCCUCGGGUGUUUUCCGUCUGUCGUCCUCUCGCCCUCUGUUCCUCCCUCUGUCCCCGUUGGACAUCAUUUCGUUUCUCCAUGUGCAGCAGUAGACAAGCAAGAGUUAUCUCAGCAUUCAGAGCGGAGUUAACUCCUCGCGCUGCGCCUUCGCAGGUCGCGGUGUCCUGAAAACUUAUCAGAGUUCAGCUCAUUUUCGAUUCCUGAUUUUAGAGAUUAAUUUCUCACCAAAGAGCAAAGACACACUUGUCUCAGAUGAGUCUCAUGCUCAGUAGUUAACAUCGAACAAAACCCUUUUUUUUUAUAUGUAUAUUGAUGGUUAUAUAUACUGGACCAAAAAGCUGACAACCCUCUGUGCUUCUUGGUCUGUGAGUAAAGUUUUUCUGUGUUUCACUCAAGUUUAGCGUUAGAGUCAAACUGCACUUGUUGAGUAUUGGUGAAAAAGUGUUUUCUCUGAAAAUCAGGUCCGAGGCUUGAUUCUAUUUGAUGAGUAAUGAUAAUGAUGAUAAGGCUUCAUCUUUUACACACAAGGUUUCCAGCAACAAUACAGAUCAUCAUGUUAUUUUAAUCAUCUUCAGACAUGAAACAAUUGAAAGUUCUGAUGCUUUGAGGAAUAUUAAAAAAUAAAAUAAACCUGUCUUUGUAUGAAGUUGGAUGUGGACCACACUGUAUUUGUGGAUGUUCAGGGUUUGUUUGUUUGUGUCAUAAUGUGUUUGUUGACACACAUGAGUCAUGACAAUGACAACAGCUGACUUCCCUCAUCAUGGCCGAACAUUGUUGCCAACCUGAAGAGUGAAUGGGUGAGUGCAAAAAAACAUCUGGCUGGUGCAAAGGUAAGAGGCCUUGGAUGUGUGUCUGUGAGUGUGUGUAUGUGUAUGUGUGAGGGCUUUCACAGAAUUUGUCUUUGGGGUUUUAUAAUAAAAAAGUGACCUUUUCAAAUGCAUUAUUAUAUCUGUACCUCUGUUCGCUCAAGUCACAUCAUUAUAUGCUUGUUACUUUUUUUUUUUUUAGUUUCAAUAAACUGAAUGAUGACAUUGUG